AUGUCGUGCCUCCCGCAGCCCGGCGAUGUUGUGGUCUGCGACGAGCUUGUCCACAACUCUGUCAGGAUGGGCUGCCGGCUCGGGAGACAGAAAGAGACCGUGCUGUUCCGGCACAACGACUUCCAACACCUGGAGACUACUCUGGAGGGCCUCCGCUCUAGGGGACCCGGCUCGGCGCCGGCCAACAUUUUCGUGGCAGUGGAAAGCGUGUACUCCAUGGACGGGGACCUGGCGCCGCUGAGAGAGAUUCUAGGCGUCGCUGCUGCGCACGGGGCGUUGGUCAUCGUUGACGAAGCUCACGGCACCGGAGUCUUCGGCGAACAGGGGCGAGGGCUUGUGUCGGCGCUGAACCUCGAGGCGCACCCCGCGCUUCUGGCCGGGAUGCACUCGUUCGGGAAGGCCUUCGGCGCUCACGGCGCGGUGGUAGUCGGCAGCGCCACGCUCAAAGACUUCUUGGUCAACUACGCCCGGCCGCUCAUCUACUCCACGUCUUUGCCCCUAGAUAGUUUGGCGUGCAUCCGAUGCGCGUACCUGAUGCAAGCGAGUGCCGACGACCGGCGAAAAAGAGUUCUGGAUUUGGCGGAUGCAUUUCAAAGCCUCCUUAGCGAUGCCGACGUCAACAGGUGGGCCGGCGGCACCGCUCCCCCCCCCCCGCUGGACGCCAAGGACAUCCCGCGCCACCGGUCGCCGAUCCAGUCCGUCCUGAUCGCAGGAAACGAGAGGUGCUUGCUCGUGGCUGACUCUCUCCGCGCUUUGGGCUUCGACGUGCGGGCGAUCCGGAAGCCGACUGUCGCGGAGGGGACGGAGCGGCUGAGGAUUACGCUACACGCGUACAACACUGACGAGGAGGUCGAGUCCCUGGCGCGACACAUCCGGCGGCUGACAGCGAACAAAGGCAAUAGUGCCGACAAGGCUCGUGCGAGGACCUCGGAGGAAGAUGAAGGGGGCACGAGGGCAAGCGGGGGGGGUUUAGCCAGAGAUUCGAUUUUGCUUCUGGGAGAGUCUGCUACUCGAGCUCGACUGUGAUGGAGCAAACGGGCGUGUUUUUUGUGGUUUUGCUGGUUUGACGGCUCCAUGUGAUUCGAUGGAUGCUUUGGGU